AUGGUCAGGGCGAAGAGAUCGCACCGGGUCAAGCUACACUCACGCCAUGACGCGGAGCCUCUCGCCCUGAAGCCGGAUCCUCAUCCGGGUCCUUCGAACACAGACGACGACACGAGCACCGUGCGAUCGUACGUGCCGUCAUCGUCCGGGGAUUCCGAGUCUGACGACGGUCGCAAAAGUGCUGCGGUGAGCGCCACCCGCAACCUCUCGAGCAAUCUUCUGACCAGUGUCCAGCGUCGCAAGGUGCGCUCGGGCGCAAAGAAGCGGCACGACCGGCUGACCAAAACCCAACUGGAUGUCCUGUAUCCACCAAACCAGCGAGCAAGCAUUGCGACUCUCUAUCGGUGGAUGGCAGAAUUCUCGCCGCAGGACCGUGUCCAGAAGGCACCCUACUGCUUCAAGCGCUCGGAUGGCCGGCCUCGGGCAUCUUUCAAGCGAGAAUUCCAAGCAUACGAGGCCCGUCAGAUCGAAGCGGGAAGGUUGAGCAGCCCUCCCGACAGCCAAAGCCCCAUAUCAGCUCAGCGGCCGCCAACUCCAAGGUCGUAUUCUCCGAGCAAUGCUCCGGUCGUGCUCGGUAGAUGGAAGGGAAAGGGACGGGACCCGAGCGAUGACGGUGGCCGUAUCAGAGUGCUGGAAGAAAGAGUCCAGUUCCUGGAGGCGGCAACGCAGCAGGCCCUCGACAAGGUCGCCGAGAGGCAAGACCGCACUGUUGACCAGCGCAUCCGAUCGGCCGUCGGACCUUUACGAGAGGAACAGAGGCGGCUUAACGACGCGCUUGGCGAGCAGAUCCGGGAGCUGACGGCAUCCAUGUCGAAGCAGAUGGGAGAGCUCACGAACGCUGUCAUGUCUGGCCGAUUUGCUGGGCGCCAGCUUGCCAGCACCCCGAAGCCGGCUGGCGCGGACUCCCCGAACUGGACCUUCACGGACUCGAUCCACAGGUCCCAUACCGGAAGCCACUCGGCACGCCGCACCUUCACCGUGUCGAUGGACCCGGCGAACAGCACCGAACCGACCACGCCGACUCCCAGUCGGCACAAGGCCAAGUCCAAGGUCCACAAGCCAAUCGACAUGCCUCGUGUACGGGCCUCGACCCCAUUCCUGUUCGAGGCCUACGAGAAUCGCACAAGCGCAAAGGGGCUCAAACAGUUGUAUCCCUACGCGUUCCGAUGUGAUGGCGAGCCCCGAAAGGAAUACCGGGACAGGUUUGACAAGAUGAAGGCGGCAAAGCUGGCGCUGCAAAUGAGCAAGUUUGAGAUGGAGCGUGUCAGGGCAGGCUUGAUUUCCGGCCCACGCGACACUGCGAGCGGCGCUUUCAAGCCGCCGCGCAGCUCAAACCGCACAUCCCCAGGUGCCACCACCAUCCAACAGCUCGUGGAUCGGCACGGCGCCGAGAUUCAGGCUUUGAAGCAGCGGAUGGAGCAGCAAGAGCUGGCCCUCGACGACAAAAUCAACGCCAAAUUUGACCCGGUAGCGGCAAAGAUUCAAGAAACGCUCACCAAGGCCACGAGACACAUUGAAAAUGUCGUCUCCCAAGGCGUUCGACGGGCCCGCCCCGGCGGCCGUGGGUCUGGUGCCGAGCUGCAAGGCUUCCAGCAGGAGGCCCUUGCGUGGGUCAUUGCGAGGUCAAAAAGCCCAAUCUGGACGGAAAUGCCGCCCAGAGAGCGCAGCAUACGCUACCCGAACGCGUUCCUGAGCCGAGGACGGCCCAACACGCAGCUACGCCGCAAGUUUGAGCUCUUGGAGCGGCGGCAAGAGAGAGCGCGCCAGCGAAGCGAAGUGAGUGAGGCUGAUGGAGCGAGUCCCGGCCAAGGGGAGGCGGCCCGAGGUUCGCCACGCGUCGUCAUAUGCCGACCUGCUGAAUCGGGGGGUGGGAGUGAGCAGAUCCAGGAGCAGGCAAGAACCAUCCGGCACUUGGAAAAGCAGGUCAAGGAACAGCGCCGGGUCAUCACUGCGCUGGAUGCAAGAAUCGACGAGAGGGUCAAAGAACAUCUACUUCCCCUCUACGAAGCGGUGGAAGGACUCAGCAGCAUGAUGCAUGCUUAA